AUGGAGCCUGGGAGGAUAGAGCAUGCAGGAGGCAGGAAACUCAACUUAAGACCUACCUGGAGGAUGGAGUUUCACCAGGGCUCAGGGGGCCAGACAGCUGCUGAUUUCCCCUUUGGGUUUGUCCAGCUGUCAACAUGUGAAAAGAACUCGUCAUCUGAAAGUUUUCCAAUCCUCCGCUGGCACCAGACAGCAGACGUGGGCUUUGUCCCAAAUCCACGGAUGCCGCGAACCUUCAUGGCUGUGGCUUUGGAUUUACCUGACGAAUACUUUCCAAAUUAACCGGUCCAUGCGUGAUACAAGCGAGACAUAGCUUACAGGCUGUCACUGGGCGCAAGGGCAGUGGCUUAUAAUGAAACAGAUGUGCACUUCCUUGGACCUUUCCCCAACCAAACCCUGUGCUCAGGAAUGCAUGUCAACAUAACUUACGACCAGGCAGUGUCUGUCACACCAUCGUAUAAUGUCUUUGAGAUCUGUUGCUCUGCGAAUCAAGCUCCAUGCGGGCCGAGGUCCCUCUGGGUUCCAGCUCCUAUCACAAACUGGGGUCCGACCACUGUCCAGCUUUCCACUAGUUCGUGUUCCCCCACUGAAGUAGCAGCUGCUGUUCGUUAUGCAUGGAGAGAUUGGCCUUGUGACUGUAAAGCUUGUCCAAUCUACAGCCUCAGCAGCAUUUUACCUGGCCCUCCUUUUAUUUCAAAUUGCCAACCAGGAAUCAAUAAGAAAAGUCACAGAACCAGAAAAUGUAAAAAGAUGUGA